CUCUAUCGAUAUUACGCGCCAUUGAAACACAUUACAUUUACGCUUUUUUUUCGUUACACGCAGUCUCCGCGAGUUAUGUCAGUGCGCGUCAGUGCGUUUGACGCCUCAUAGAGUUCGUCCGCUGCGGUGCUGUGUGUGGUGCACAUGAGCCCAUAAGCCACGUCGUUGUAUUUGGAGCUCCUAUAUAAUUCACGCAGGCACACACGCACCUGUAAUAAUCCAUGCACAUCGGCGGUCGUUGAUACGAGCCUGUAAUCGAGAUAGUAAUCCGGAAGGCAUCGAUUGUCUCGCUCGUGUCGGUGCGAGAAUCGUGUUACGGAGCAAGAGAUAUAGAGGGAUACGCAGUGUCGAGCGACUCUCGGCGAGACUACGAGACUAUUUUAUCAAGUUCAAGGCCAAGAAUGAGCGAGUUGUUGUCACAGGUAUUGCCAGUAUUGGCUUCAAUCGGUACUAUUGUAGCACUCAGUGUAGCUGUCAAGCUUUACUUGAGUCACAAAGAUGGCAAAAAGAAGAAGGUGACGCUGGUGGAUCCAACGGUCAAGUACAGUUUGCCUCUCAUAGAAAAACAAAUUAUCAGUCAUGACACGAGGCUGUUCAGGUUUGGUUUACCCAGCGAAGAACAUGUCCUUGGCUUACCCAUUGGACAGCAUGUGCAUUUAACUGCUAAAAUUAAUGGAGAAGUUGUUAUCAGAGCGUACACUCCUGUAUCCAGUGAUGACGAUAAGGGCCACGUUGAUCUUGUUGUUAAAGUUUACUUCAAAAAUAGCCAUCCUAAAUUCCCAGAGGGUGGCAAGUUGUCGCAACAUUUAGAGAGUUUGAAAAUAGGAGAGACAAUAGAUUUCAGAGGACCAUCUGGUCGGCUUGUAUAUAAGGGUAAAGGCAAAUUCUCUAUCAAAUUGAUGAGGAAAGAACCCCCUGUAGAAUAUUCUGUCAAAAAAUUAGUGAUGAUUGCUGGUGGUACUGGAAUUACGCCAAUGAUGCAAAUAAUCAGACAUAUUGCCAAAGACCCAGAAGACAAUACUCAAGUUUCUUUAUUGUAUGCAAAUCAAACUGAAAGAGACAUUCUUCUGCGAGAUGAGAUGGAAGAAAUAGCUAAAAAGCAUUCUGAUCAAGUCAAAAUUUGGUACACAGUAGAUACUGCAUCUGAAGGGUGGAAAUACAGCACUGGCUUUGUUAAUGCUGAUAUGAUUUCUCAACAUAUGUAUCCUCCUUCUUCGGAUACUCUAGUACUUAUGUGUGGACCACCGCCAAUGAUCAAUUAUGCCUGCACGCCAAAUCUUGAUAAGUUGGAGUACGAUUCUAAACUUCGGUUUGCUUAUUAAUAUGUACAUUUUAAUUGUUCCCACCUGAGUUGUAUACAACUAUAUUGUUGUGAGUUUUUUAUUAAAAAAUAGCUCACAAUAAUGAACUGUAAAUUGUAUUUUGUGAAGCAUGGGGUAUUAAA